CGAUGAAAAAAUUUGGUCCCCAUGAAGCGACCACAAAUCCGUCGUUGGUUUUAGAAGCAACUAAAAAACCUCAUUAUGAUUAUUUAAUUAUUUCGGCUAUUGAAUAUGUGAAGAGUAAAGAAAUUCCCAUGGAGAAAAUGACUGAAUUGGCUGCGGAUAAACUAUUGGUGAACUUUGAUGCAGAAAUUCUCAAAUUUAUUCCAGGUCGUGUGUCAGUGGAGGUAGAUGCAAAACUUUCUUUUGACACCGAUGCAACAAUCAUCAAGGCCAGGCAUCUUAUUUCACUUUUCAAGGAAAUUGGUAUUGAUAAGUCACGA